UCUGUCUCUCGGUAGUUGUCACUCCAGCUGUCUGCCCCAGCCCGGGUCCUGCUGUGCCCCGCGGGGGACCGGGAACCGGGAGGACGCGAUGGACUUAGUGACCUUUGAGGAUGUGACUGUGAACUUCACCCCGGAGGAGUGGGCUUUGCUGGACAUGAACCAGAGGAACCUUUACAGAGAAGUUGUCGGGGAGAUCUUUAUGAACUUGGCCUCUAUGGGGGAGAGAUGGGACCAGAAUAUUGAAGACUGGUACAGAAAUCAGGGCAGAAUCCUAAGCAGCCAUAUUGUGGAGAGACUUAGUGACAGCACACAAGGCAGUCAUGGUUGGGAAACCAUCAACCAAAUUCUUGACCACGAUCUGAAGAAGAAAAGCUCUCCUGAAGUAAAUCUCUGUGAUGGCAGUGUGUGUGGACUAGCCUUCGAGCCGUGUUCAUUCGGGAAGCCCAGCAGUGCACAGGCACACGCUGGACAGGACGUACGUGACUGCAAAUGCAAGCGAUGUGAGACAGCCUUCUGUAAUUACUCCUUCCAAGUCAGUGGCAGGUCUCCCUGUGAAGACAAGCCCUACGGGUGUCGGGAAUGUGAGGAAGACUUCCUUUCUUUCCCCAGCCUUGGUGACUUCGUUAUAACUCGUACUGAAGGUGGGCCCCAUAAAUGUAACGUGUGCGGAAAAGGUUUGCACUAUCCCAGCUCACUUAGAAUCCACGAAAGAAUCCACACAGGAGAGAAGCCCUAUCAGUGUGAAGAGUGUGGGAAGGCCUUCAGUUGCUGGGGCUCAGUUCGGAGACAUCAAAGGACCCACACUGGUGAGAAACCCUACAACUGUAAGGAGUGUGGGAAGGCCUUCAGCUCUCUCUCAGGCCUUAAAGGACACAUGAUAAGACACACUGGUGGUGGACCUUAUAAGUGUAAGGAGUGUGGAAAAGUCUUUAACUCACCCAGUGCACUUGGUAAACACGAGCGAGCUCACACGGGGGAGAGACCUUUUCUGUGUAAGUGCUGUGGGAAAGCAUUCAUUUGUUCCACCUCGGUGCGCAAACACGAGAGGACUCACACUGGAGAAAAACCCUACCAAUGUAAGUGCUGUGGGAAGGCCUUCAUUUCUAAUUCAGGCCUCCAGGGACACAUGAUCAGGCACACUGGUGUUGGGCCUUACACAUGUAAGUUCUGUGGGAAAGCCUUUGGCUCUCCCAGUGCGGUUCUAAGGCAUGAAAAUGCUCACGUUGUAUAGGGAAAGUCUUCACUCUGACAACACUUAAUGUCCUGAGAAAAUCUUUUACUCUCCUAGUUCAGGUACAGAGAAUGAUUACUGGAGGGAAACUCUUGUUUAGAGAAUAUGGGUAAGCCAUAGACUGCCAGAUUUUAUGUGGAAGCAUGAAGAGACUGAAGGAAAACCUUAUAAAUAAAAGAAUAAAACUGUGUGUGUGUGUGUGUGUGUGUGUGUGUGUGUGUGUGUGUGUGUAAGUAACAGCACAUUUUGUUGAG